AUGGCGCGUUACCGUGAGUGGGACCUGCAGUGCAAGGUUUACGUGGGCAAUUUGGGUUCGUCUGCGUCUAAGCACGAGAUCGAGAGUGCCUUCGGCAAGUAUGGGCCAUUGAGAAAUGUUUGGGUAGCACGCAAUCCUCCCGGUUUCGCCUUCGUAGAGUUCGAGGAUAAGCGUGACGCCGAAGAUGCAGUUCGCUCAUUGGACGGCACACGGUGUUGUGGAACUCGCAUUCGGGUAGAGAUGUCCUCUGGCCGAUCGCGGCGUGAUGAGCGUACGCGCCGACCUCGUCCAAGACAGAGUCGGGAAGGAUCUCGAUCACCACGUCGUUCCAGAUCACGCAGCCGCAGCAUGAGCCGUGAGCGCGAUCGCGAUCGUCGCAGCCGCAGUGGAUCUCGCGACCGUCGCUAA